CCCGGAAGUGACGUCUCCACCUUCGUGGGUCGCGCCGGAUAAGGUGGGCUUUGGGGGGGUUGCUGCUUCCUGGUGGUUAGAGUGCCAUGGCGUUGCCCUGGCUGCAGCGCGUUGAGCUUGCGCUCUUUGCUGCCGCCUUCCUGUGCGGGGCCGUGGCGGCCGCGGCGCUGACUCGGACCCAGGGCUCCUUCAGUGGUAGAUGUCCCCUGUAUGGUGUGGCCACCCUGAAUGGCUCCUCCCUGGCCUUAUCCCGUCCCUCAGCACCAUCCCUGUGCUACUUUGUAGCUGGGGCCUCUGGCCUCUUGGCCCUCUACUGCCUCCUGCUUCUGCUCUUCUGGAUCUACAGCAGCUGCAUUGAGGACUCCCACAGAGGUGCUAUAGGGCUGCGCAUUGCACUGGCCAUCUCAGCUAUAGCCGUCUUCCUGGUCUUGGUGUCUGCCUGUAUCCUUCGAUUUGGCACCAGGUCUCUCUGCAACUCCAUCAUCUCCUUGAACACUACAAUUAGCUGUUCUGAAGCCCAGAAAAUUCCAUGGACACCCCCUGGAACUGCUCUGCAGUUUUACUCCAACCUACACAAUGCUGAAACCUCUUCUUGGGUGAAUUUGGUAUUGUGGUGUGUGGUCUUGGUGUUCCAGGUCGUGCAGUGGAAGUCUGAAGCCACCCCAUACCGGCCUCUGGAGAGGGGUGACCCUGAGUGGAGCUCUGAGACAGAUGCUCUCGUUGGGUCACGCCUUUCCCAUUCCUGAAGAAUAACCAGAGUACUUCUUGCAGCUGAAGACUCCAUGCCCAAGUGCCUGUAAUCCUCUCCCCCACAAGGCCCUGUUUAUGUUGGGAGUCUUAGUUUUCCUUUCGGCGGGGGGGUGGAGGGGGGGAACGUAAUGACAGGCCCCCGUCCACCUCUUCCUACAGCUGUUUUUGUAGCAAAAUAUUAUAUUACUGUCUUCAUCUUA